AUGUUCUUAGUAAGCUUUAUCUUGCUUUUUACCUCUGGAGCUUCAGCUUACAUUAAGAUCCCACUUAAAAGUAUCUCCCAUGACUCUGGGCAUUUGGCAAUGGAAAAUUUUUCAACAAAUUCGUCAAUGCUUGACUGAGCCCCAACUGCAUACCUGAAGAAUUAUAUAAACAUGCAAUAUUAUGCCCAAAUUUACACUGGCUCUCCUCCAAAGCUUUUUAAUGUUCAUAUCAGCACAGCUUCUCCAUGGCUGUGGAUACCUUCAACCGAGUGCCAAUACUCAUGCCAUAAAUGCUCCAAUUAUUUUGAGUGCAAUCAUAGCUCUACCUACGAUUUACUCUCUCAAAACUACAAAAUUCAUUAUGGGACUGGCUUUAUCCAAGGGGAUUUAUCUAGCGAAAGUUUUUCUAUUGGUGAUAAUAAAGCUUUAUUCAUUAAAAACCAGACAUUUAUUUUAGUAAAUCAAGACGGUGGGUUUAAUGAUGCAAUUUAUGAUGGGAUUUUAGGCUUAGAGUACAACUCACGCUGGCUUAAAUAUCCAACUUUCCUUGAUAAUUUAAAGCAACAAGGACAAAUUUCCAAAAAAAUAUUUUCGAUAUUUUUGUCUGAUAAUGGAUUUUUUGGAAAUUUCAAUGACGGCUCUGCAAUUAUUUUUGGCGGAUUUGACUUAGAAAGUUUUUCACAAAGUCAAGAAGUUAAGUAUGUGGACUUAUUUCAAAAUAAUGGAAGAUGGGAAGUGUCGCUAUCAGAUUUAGUAGUGAGCAAUGAGCAAGUAACAAAUAGACAUUUUGAAGCGCAUUUUGGAAUUGGAGUAGGGCUAAUAUACGCCCCUCAAAAUGAAUUUAACAGCAUAUAUAAAGGGCUCUCAAAGGCUGGAAAAUGUGGGAUUGAAAAUAGCUUUGUUGUAUGCGAAUGCGCUGGGGAUUAUAAGGUCGAAGAUUAUCCUUCAAUUAGCUUUGUACUUGGAUCAACUCACAGAUUUAGCUUAGAAUCACAAAAUUACUUUUAUAAGUAUGGAUCAAAAUGCUAUUUACUUUUUGGAGUCAAUUCUGUAGAGUAUGGAUGGAUCAUUGGAGAUGUUUUUAUGAGGAAGUAUUAUACAAUAUUUGAUGCAGAUUAUGGAAGAAUAGGGCUUUCUCUUGCCAAAAUCAAAAAAUUUAUGAAAAAUACUGAGUUUCUCAAAGCCGGUGAUCUCGAUGAUGAGUCAUCAGUACAGUCAGGUUAUGGAUUGCCCAAAAUAUUGAAAAAUAGUUAUUUUGCAGAAGCAAAUCUUAUUGAUGCUAUCAGCAUUUCCUGCUCUAUGACAGGUAUUGGGCUGCUUCUUGGACUUGCUUAUUACUUACACAAUAAAAGAGGUGAUAUUGAUGAGGGAUUUUAUUAUAAAAUAAAUCCAUAG